AUGAAUAUUGUGCGGAAGUUUAUGGAUUCAGGUAACAAGUACGACAUUAUCAGUAUUCCAUCAGGAACCUUCAACCUAUUGAGAUCAAAAAGAUCACCAAAGUCAUCUUUAGAAUGUAUUUACAAUGCGUCUUCAUUGAGUAUUAGAGAGAAUGGUCAAUAUUCAUAUGACCUCGUGGUUCGUAAAGUGAAUGACGACCAUGAAAGUAAUAUUGACGACGACAACGAAGAUUUUUCAGAUGAUUCAACUAGUGUACUUUCAUUACAAUCCAAGAAAAAGAAGGAAGACGAAUGGAUUUUUACCUUCGAUGAAAGCCUACAAUUUAAGAAAGUUUGGAAUAAGGUCGGUAAUGUUACCUUUAUUUGGAAUAAUUAUAAUGGAGAUGAACCGGAUGAGAAAGUUCAAUUUGUCAUAGCACCAGAUAUUCCUUUGAAUGACGUUGAUGAGUUUCUACAAUUGCUAUAUCGUUGUCAUUAUGAAACAAAAUACAAUAGAUCAGCUCUAAAGGCUUCGAAAACGGAUAUCCAGGAUAUUGAACUGCUUGUUAAUACUGUAGAACAAGAUGAGGAUAGUUCAGAUGACGAAUUCCAAGAUGCUAAUGAAACAAUGAAUCUACGAAGUUUUAAGUCUGUCCUCCAUCCUCCUCCACAACAUGUCCCAAAGGGUGAACAGCUAUGCCUACUUUCAGCUGGAUUAUAUUUGUUUGAUCCCCUAGAGGAGAAAUUUUUAUUGCAGGAAGAUCCUGUUAAGGUUUCUUUAACUGAAACUGGAAAAUACGAAUUUUGGUUGGCCAUGGAAGGAACUCAGCUAAGAAUGGGUACUGAAGUAUCACCAAAUAUAAAUCCAACUUUUGAAGCCGUCAGAUUAGGGUUCAUUUUCAAUUACGAUUUUCAAGGUAUAACGCUUUCUUACAUGAUCAAGUUUAAAGACAUAAAUAAGUUCAUGAAAUUUCAGAGAAAUUGGUCUAGAUGUCUAUGGAUGUUUUUAAACAAGGAGAACUGGGAUAAGCUUAAUGAGAAGGAGAAGCAAUAUAUCUUGGAUCCUGCUGCCCUUCUUGAUAAACAACUGGAAGAAAUUUUAACUUUAGAUGACAAUUCUGCGUCCAGAACUGAAUCAGGCAAUUCUCAAUCUGAAGAAGAAAGUGAUGAGGAUGAUGAAGAUGAGGAGGAACAUUCCAGAAUGAUAGUAUCCUCAUCAAGUUUUGAUGAUUCUUCAAUCCCAAGUACCAUACGUUCAGAAGGUAAUAGGUCACUAACCGUUGCUUUUAGGAAUAAUAGAUCAUACGUUGUAAGAGGUGACAAAAUUGGUGUCUUUAAAACUGAAGACGAUGAUAAUGGUUUAGAAUUUGUCGCAGCAAUUAAAAAUAUAUCCGGUUUGAAUGGGGAAAGAUUAGAUCCACAAAAUCCCAUGCUUUACAUGGAAGAUCGUUCUAUGAUUUUGAGUGAUAAUACAAAUAAGAAUAAACUGUAUAAAAUGGACUUAGAAAGGGGUAAAGUUAUUGAAGAAUGGAGUACUGGGGAUAAGAAUGUUGUGCAAUAUGGACCAACCAAGAAAUUUGAUCAAAUGACAGCGGAACAAACACUGUUAGGAGUGUCUCAGAAAAACAUUUUCAAAAUUGACCCCAGAUUAAGUGAGAAAAAUAAAAUAGUACAAGACCAAUCCAAAGAAUAUGCUACAAAAUAUAACUUCAGUUCAUUGGGUACGACAGAGAAUGGUUAUAUUGCUGUUGGUUCCGAGAAAGGUGAUCUAAAGUUAUACGACAGAUUAGGUAUACGAGCAAAAACAGCAAUACCAUCAUUGGGUCAACCAAUUAGAUAUAUUACUGUUUCUGCAGAUGGUAAAUGGUUGUUAGCCACUUGCGAGAGUUCAUUAUUAUUGAUGGAUUUGACUGUCAAGACAGGUAAAAAUAGUGGUAAUGUUGGUUUUCUAAAAUCGUUUCCUUCCGCUGAAAAUGUCAAGACAUAUAUACUCAAAAUUAGCCCAGAACAUGCAAGCUACAUGGUCACAUCUAUGAAGAGAAGUAUUAAAUUCACCAAAGCUUAUUUCAACACAGGAGUGGGCCAAAAGGAAGAGAUGAUAUUGACGUCCAAUGGUCCAUUUGCAAUUUCUUGGUCUCUAUCUAAGAUUUUGGCCAAUGAACAAAACCCUUAUACCGUCAAAAGAUACAAUUCUGACAUUAUUGAGGAUAAUUUUGAGUUCGGUACUGAUAAGAAAGUUAUUGUAGCUUUGAAAGAUGACGUUUCAUUGUCAAAGAUCAAGUCUUUCAAACAUCCAAGUAAGAGUGUUCUAAUACCAAAAGAGAAUAUAAACGAUUUUUAUGGUAAAUAG